CUGUGUUAAAGGAACGAUACGGAAUACUCAUUGCAUUCAGCUCGCAAUAUGUUUGUCAUAAAACUGAUGUACAUCCUGAGCCUACUGUCAGUUGUUAGUUCAAGUGAAUUGUUGCCUGAAAAUCACCCGGAUUAUUUGUGUAAUAAGUGUUCUGUAAGAUAUUAUGCAACCAGCAUAUUUAAUUCCGAAUGCAUAGAGGAUGUACCAUGCCCAGAAUUCAUGUUGAAUGCCGAAGAUUCUGCACAGUCAGAGCCAGUUACGGGAUAUUUGGGUGAAUUUUAUAUCAGUCUGACAGGUUACCAAGAUAGUAGAAAGAAAUUGAGAAAUUCGGUAGGAGUUGGUGCAAAACGUUUGAAUGGAAUGGUGCGUGGUGAAAUGGGUCAACGUAAUUCCGGUGAGGUCGCUUAUUGUCAAUUAUGUAACAUUGAGCACCGUGGAGACAUUUGGGUAAUUUAUACUUGUGAAGAUAAGGUAAAUUUAUUGUUCACAUAAUAAUAUUACACAGUAUUAUUAUCUUAAGUGUUCUGAUUCAUACAAUAUGAAAUACAAUCAGCAACCCUCAACGCUGAUAAAAUUCAUUAUUAUUAUUAUUGUUAUUAUAUAGCAUGUUUCGCAUAUAUAGUUAUCUAAAUGC